AUGUCUACUGGCAAACGACUAGCCAAGCGCUCUAUCAUAGGGACGCGAGUUGCGGCUUUGAGGGAAGAUGAACUGUACUAUUCUGGUAUGAUCCAGGCUGUUAAAACACCCGCACCCUUUCCAGAAAAUAAUAAUUCCAUCAACCUGACACCUAACACCCGUUAUACCGUUCGCUUCGAUGGUGGUAAAGUAACACGCGAGUAUCGCGACGCAGAGCUCAUCGGGCCCGGUUUCCGUGGCUUGGCCGGUGUCCGUCUCCGGCCAGGACAGCGCGUCUUCCUCACGUACAACGGUCGCGAGGUCCGAGCCGAUGUGUUGGAGCACGAUCACCAGACCGACGAGCUGAGGGUGCAAGUUCUGACGCCCGGUACAGAGGUGCCGAUAGAGCUGAGAAAGAGAUUGGAGGAGAUAAGGCUGUUGGAGUCUCGGAAGUCUGCAAGGCUCGCUGACGUAGACACGGACUUCGCAAGACUUGCUGACAUGGCUGGCGAUCGCCGCCGAGCCUCCGCUACCAUCGAAGUGCCUGCACAUCACAUGCAAGGAUCUCGUAAGCGUGGUCCCAGCAGCUCCUGUGAAUUAGGUUAUGGAGAAAGGGAUGACCAGAUGAACGAAUGCAACGCUGCCCUCGUCUUAAUGUCACUCAGCUGUUCUCCGAAUUCACCUCGACCCAGUGCUUGGGGAGGCCGUUCAUCAGUGUCUCCGGGAGCAAGCAGCAGCUCGGGGUCGUCAUGGAGGUCAGGAACACCGUCGCCGCCUCCCGUCUCCUCCUCUUUCAGCGACGAAGGCAUAGCUAUGGACUACGAAGAUCUCCACCCGCGCAAGAAGAGGAUCAACAGCGUCGUGUUCGAAUGCACUUGGAGAGGUUGCGGUUACAUCACAAACACAUGCCUUAAAGUCGAAGCACACAUUCGUCAGACGCACUUAGGACCAAAGAAGGAAGGCGAUCAUGAGGAGGAAUUCUACUACACGGAGCGCGAGGUCGCCGCGCCACCACCGACCCUCUCCCAUCGGGACAUGUGUCGACCUCCGCACGAAGACCCAGACUAUCAACGACAGCUCGUGGGCUCAUACAGACAAGGUCUUCUGUCUACUCUGCAGAAUGGUGCAGCGAGACCUAUAAGCAUUCCCGUAACGCAUUCCUGGUCAAGCUCACAAUCACCGAAACAUCUAAAGAUCUCGGGCGUGAGCAGUUCCCCGGGAAGUCCCGGUCGCCGGCCUCGCUCGGACAACAAGAAGUGCCGUAAAGUGUACGGCAUGGACCAACGCGAUCUUUGGUGCACUCAGUGCAAGUGGAAGAAGGCUUGCACACGUUUCGGUGAUUAG